GAAUGUGGUGUUUUUCUAAAACUAAAGUAUUCACUUUAACGUUUUAUCAUUGUUCCAUUUUUUUCCUAAUUUGAUUAGUUAUAAUUAAAAAUUUAGUAACAAUAGCGUAAUAUAUUUUAUUUAAAUUUACAAAUGUAGAUUACUUUUUAAAAAGAAGAAACGCUGGAAUCCAACAAAAUAAAAUUUGAUAUUGAAGUGCACUUAAAGCUGUAAUUGGAAAAUGAAUAAUAAAAAAUAAAUACCCAUCACAUAUGUAUGUAUAUAUGUGUUUGGGUUUCGGAAUAACAACUUAUAUUUUAAUCCUUCAGAACAAAAAAUCAUUAAGAAUAUAAAUAAAAUUUAUAAAUGAAUAAGUGUAACUUAUAAAAUUUAUAUGUAAGUGGUACUGUUCUCUCUAUAGUGUAAGUAAAAAACUUUCAAUAAACAUUCAAUAAAGUAUUUAAAACUAUAAAAUUAGCUGUGUAAUAUACAAUGUAUGUGUGUAUAUAUGCAUACAUUAGUUUAUUUGUUACCCCGGAGUAUAAUUCACAGCACAAUGCACAAUAUGAUUCAUUUCAAAUAAACUACCGUGUUCUAUGUCAACGUGUGUUAACCACGCAUGCCAAUAUAUUUCAAAAUCUAUAUUUUAUAUUUUGUAAAAAAAAAAAACAUGCUAAUUGAACAUGAAAAUUGAACGAAGAAUAUGCGAUUUUUUUUACGACAAAAAAAAUAACAAAUAAUAGUAGCUACAUUGAUGCGAUAUGUAGUACUUGUACAUACAUAAGUGUAAAUUGAGAUAAUUUUAUAUUAAUCAAAUUUUUUUUAUGGUUUGUUUUCAAAACUGUAUUUAUUUAAUUUUAUUUGGUAGUAGAUGAUAUGUACACAUAUUUAAAUAAUUGCAAGUUGUACUAGUAGUAGAAGUAAGGAUUACGAAUUCAAAUUUUAUUGUGUAGACCAUCGCAGAAUCUGGUUAAAUCAGAAUAAAAUUUUGGAUCAAUUUCAAAAGUUUACUAUACAUACGUAUGUAGGUACAUACAUAAAUACUUAUUAAAAAACAUUUUCGAAAUUUUUACUUUGUUCAAUGUUCAAGCAUAUGUAUAUCAUUGUUUGAAUACAUAUCUAAUUUUGAUUAACUAGUUUUCUUUGUCACUAUAUUAUCAAUUAUUUUUGGUUAAUGAUGUUUCAUACCAUUAUCCUAAAAAUUAAAUUUUUUUAAGCCGGUCUUAAGAUGUAGGUUUUCCACUUAUCAAUAUCCAAUAUUAUUUUAAAUUCCAAAAACAAAAGUAUUUUAGUACCUAUCCGACAAAAGCAUAUAAAGAGAUUUUUCAAUGAACAUUAAUAUAAUCAAGAGGAUUUUGCUUUAUAAAUUUUUUACAAUAAAUAAAUACUUUUAUUUAAAACAUACAUUCAUACUUGUAGGUUAUAAUUAUUUGAUUUUCUUAUUGAAUUAGUAAUAAAAUCUUGUAUUUGUACUCUACAAAAGUAAGACAAAAUUUACAAUUUUAUGAUACUUAACUUAGCAGUACACUUAUGUCAUGCAUCAUUUCCAAGAUAUGUUUCUAAAAGAAUCAAGACGUCUAUAAAUUUUUUUUCAUUAGUAUUAAAAUUAUAUUUGAAAUAAUUUUAUACUGCUUGUCAUACAUGAACGAAUUGUGUUUCGUUCAAAAAUAUUUAAUUGCUGCUUUAAAAUCCUUGCAACUUAUUAUGGCAUCCGUCCUGUUGGAAGCUAAACCAUAUAGACCAUUCAAGUCAAGUGAAGAAUAUCUAGAGGCAAUGAAGGAAGAUUUGGCUGAAUGGCUUAAUACUAUGUAUCCUGAGUUAAAUAUAAAUGCAGAUAAUUUUAUGAAUCGACUAGAUACUGGUGUGGUACUAUGCAGGCAUGCUAAUAAUGUACGGAAAGCUGCAGAAGACUAUUUAGUAAAACGUCAGGCUCGGAAUAAGGUAAUGAGCCGAUCUGUCACAUCUGGAUUGGCAGGACCAAUUCUUGCAAAUUUAAACGUACAUUAUUUACCAGCAGCCAAAAGUGGAACUUUUUUUGCAAGAGAUAAUGUGUCAAAUUUUAUUACAUGGUGCAGAAAAAGCCUUAAAAUACUAGAGUGCCUGUUAUUUGAAACUGACGACCUAAUAAUGAGGAAAAAUGAAAAACAUGUGAUACUUUGCCUUUUAGAAGUAGCUAGAAGAGGAGCUAAAUUUGGAAUGCUUGCGCCAAUGUUAAUUCAAAUGGAAAGACAAAUUGACCGUGAAAUUGCCGCAGAUAAUAAAGCUAAUGGCAUAACUUCUUCAAAUAAAGAUGACGUUAAUACACCCAACGGGCAAAAAUCAAUUAGAUCAGACGAUAUAAUAGAAAGUGAUUCUGAAAACGAAUAUGAAAGUCCUAUGCUUUUCUAUGGACCUGAGCCUCAAAUUGUAACUAAUGAUUUAAAAAGUUUACACGAAAUGGUUAGAGAUUUGGUGGAAAAAUGCACUUGUCCAUCGCAGUUUCCCAUGGUUCGAGUAUCAGAAGGAAAAUAUAGGAUUGGAGACACCAAAGUUUUAAUAUUUGUUCGAAUUUUAAGAUCGCACGUCAUGGUUCGCGUAGGAGGUGGAUGGGAUACCUUGGCACAUUAUCUUGACAAGCAUGAUCCAUGCCGCUGUAAAUCUGCACAUCGGACAUCAGUAGCCGCAAGAUUAAUACCACGUACGAACAACCAAAAUGGUGUCGAACUACAUAAGGCACACGUCAUAUAUGAAAGAUCUCCACCAUUUAGUCGCAAAGUAAUAAUGUGCCAGCAACCUUCAACAGUACCAAAUUCCUUACAAUCUACAAAUAUUUCUAAUUCAGCAGGAUUAAUGGUGACAUAUAAUAAAAGCCGUAGUCCUACGCCCCAAAAAAAAUAUUUAAAUCAACAAAAUCAAAACGUUUUUGAGUUUUUUCCAACGUUAGCAUCUCCAACAUCUAAUAUAAAUAAACGUUCAAUAUCACCCAGUCCAAAAAGGUUAAAUGAUAUUCGAAAAAAACAACCUCUCUCAGGUACAAGUAGUUUUAAUAAGAUAACUGCAGAUUCGACUUAUAGCACAAUACAAAAUGAUGAGUUGCUACAACAAAAAGAAAUAAUUAUGCAAUCAGGCAAUUCAAUGACAAUAAUCAACAUAAAUUCUAACUCCUUUGAAAAUUCUGCAAAAUUUGACAACAGCAGUGAUAAUGGAAGUGAAAUGAGCGAUGAAGGAUACCGAAGCUUAGGGUUACAGCAAAUAAACAAUCAUCGAGUUGAACAACAAAACCAAAUUUUUGUUGAGGACGCAGAUUUUAAUGCGCGUCCUAGUUUUGAUUUACACUAUUCGCCCAAGGAAAACAAAAGUACCUCUAAAGCUAUGGACAACUGUAACCAAAGCUUAGAACAUAACAGUGACAACCAAAGUAGGAUAAACUCAUCACCUUCACUUAAACAGAAAACGAAAAAUAAAUCUGCUUUUAGGGCGGAUAGGAAAAAAUUUGAAAAUUCUUCUGAAAUAAACUUUUUUGAACAAUCUGGUAUAUUCAUUACUGACGACGAUAUCACUGUCGAUAUUGCAGGAACAACUGGCCUUCGAAAAACAGGAUUUUCUGACAAAAUUUAUGGAUUUGAAGACCAAAAUAAACCUGAAUUGUGUGAAAAAAUUUCAAAUAAUAGUAAAAUACCGAGAUCUCCAGUAGUUAGACGACGUAAAAGUAUAGAUGUUUUAUGCAAUAAAAGUAAUUUGGAAAGCUCAUCAGAAUUUAACCGCACAACUCCGGAGUAUAGAUCAGCUAAAUUAACAAAAGAGUUUUCUUCAACUGAAAACCGUACUUUAUUAGGCAAAGGAAUUUUAAACAUAGAAAAAUGUGAUAUCAAAAACUCUGAAUCCCAGUUUGCUUGGAAUGGGCGAAAUAAGAAAAAAUUUUAUGCACUUAAUGAACAUCCAGUAAGGUCGUCAUCAUUAAACUCUCAUUUCAACAAAAAAUCGAAACAAUUCAACACCCAUAUACUUUAUGACAGUAAUGGAAAAACGAUAUGCACGAAAAGCACUUCUCUAACAACAUCUCCAAUAAAAUGUAGAAGUACUGCUUCUCCCUUGGCUCAGCAAUUAUUCAAAGUUGCAAAUAACGCCAAAAGUGAUGCUCAAAUGCUUGAAAAAAUGAAGAUCCUUUUGCAGAAAUAUGGAAAGGAUUCCAACUAUAAAAUGGAAGAUUUCAAUGAUUCAUAUACACAUGUAUGGGUACAGAAUAAUGGUGACAUGGGAAGUUUAGAUAAUUCAGAUUCUUUCGAAAUCAAAAAACAAAGACAACAAAAGGGAAGCAUUGCUGCCACCCCAUCAUUUAACACGGACUUCAGAAAUAGUACCCCAUAUUGUACAAAAUCUUUUUUACCUAGAAGUAGAGCCGAUUACCGUGGAGCAUCGAAAAUUCCCGCUCCCGUACGACGUAACACCGAACUUUAUUAAUUUCUUGCAAAAACACAUACUUCUAGCAAAUUGAUAAUCAAAAUGAUUAUCAAUCAAUUUGAUUGAUAUUAUGACCGUUUUCGAAAGUAUGUAUAUACUCGUCAUAUUUAUAUAUACAUAUAUAAAACACUUAUAUUUUUAUAUCGCAGAUUUUUUUUUUAUAAAAGUUUUGUUAAUUGAUUAUAUUUACAUAUGUAUGUAUGUAUAUUGCUUUACAAAAAUCUUUUUCAAUAAGAUUGUUUUUCAGAAAAAUACAACUAUAUUUUUGUGUAGGUCAAAUAUUUUACAUAAUAUUUUUUCAAUUUUCUUUUCGAUCAUCUUUUUCAGUAUUAAUUGGAUUCUAUCAGAAAGAUUCGCUUUGCUCUCAAGCUAAACUGAAUUAGACAAAGUAGACUUUCAUACAAACUGGUGAACUUCUAAAGAAAAAAAUGAAAAUUCGCCAGACGUACAUUAUUGGCCAAACUAAUAUUUUUUUAACGUUAAUUUUUUUAAUGCCAGAAAAAUUAAAUUAUUCAUGUUUGUACAUCAAAUUUUAGUAAAAUUUUUUAACUCUUAAUUAGUUGGGCUAUUGAAAAAACUAAGACAUUUCCUGAUAUAUGGUAAUUAAAUAUGAUUAUCUUUUAAUUAAUAUUCAUUUAAAUUAGCUGCUGCUGCAAAUCUACAUCCAUACAUAAUGCAUAUGUAUGUAUGUAUAUAUGUAGAUAGUUCACACUUUUAAAACUCUAGUAUAGAAUAACAUUUGUAACAUAGGAGAAUUACCGUCAAUUUACUCUGCAAUCAAAAUUUAUUUCAAUUGUGAAUUUCUUAAGUUUAUGUGAUACAACAUAAUGAAGCAAUAGGAUACGAAAUAAGUAACUCAACAAGCUUGAAUUUUUUUUCUUAAAUUUUAAACUGCGGGUAGAUUUUACAGGCAAUGGUUAAAUGUAUAAAUUGAUAAUAUUUAUGAUGUAUAAAUUAAUUUACAGCUUCUUGAUAUUUAUUUGUUGUUCUUAUUAUCUUUUAGUAUAAAAUCUAUUACAUAUAUUAUUUGGUAAAAACUUAUUACUGAAAUUAACUAUGUAUAUAUGAUGAAAAUAUAAAAAUUACUUACACUACUAUAAAUUGACUUAGAUAUUAAUCAUUUGUUAUUUAAAGAUUUUAUAUGCAUAUUAAGUUUAUAAUUUUGAUACAUUAAUAAAAUACUACUUCAAAUUUUAAAUGUUGUAUAAAAUAAUUUAAUCAUAAUACAAUAUAAAUAGCAAAGUAAAAUUCAUAGUGAUAUUAUUAUAAUUCUAUUACGUUUUCCGCUUUCUAAAGUGAUCAAAAGUGAAACUUUUGAUUUGUACUCCAUAAUGAUUUAGCAUUUUUUGUUAAGUUUGUAGAUUUAUAAGCAUUUUUAUAAAUUUGACACCAAAGGUUGUGAUUUCAUUAGAAAUCGGUCAAAAUUACUAAUUAAUGAUUUCUAAUUAUAUUUAAUACUGAAAAUAUCAAACGAUGUAACAAGAAUAUAAGGUGGUGAUAACUAAAAUACUAAUAUUAUGUGCAUAUGUAAAUAAUUUUCCUUAAAUGUAAUAAUUAGAUGUCCGGAAUAUUGGCCGGAAAAUUUCUGACAAUUGAUAACUUCAAAAGGACAUUUGAUUUUUUUUCUUUUCUAUAAAUUCAUUCUCAAAUUCAAAUUUUUUAUAUACAUAUGUACAUAUAUAUUUAUAAAAUAUUAUUCAAAAAAAAGUUCAAAAUAUAUUUGUACAAUUUUUUCUGAAUAGUACGUGAAUUCGUUUUAUUCACAAAACAUUGGCAUAAAUUAGUAAAAAAUUUUAUAGUAUAGUUUAUGCACUAAUGUCUAAACUGUUAUUUAUUUAUUUCUUUACAUUGUAAAAUAAAAUUUGUAAAAUACCUAGUAAAGCAGAUAAAAAAGAAAUGUUUUUGUCGCCAAAAUUUGUAAAAUACCUAGUAAAGCAGAUAAUAUAAAGACCGAAAUAUUACGGAAUAAAUCGAGUUAAUUGCACCAAUUUUAAAAAAAAACUUUAUUAUACUACUUAUAUAAUAUAAUGCGCAACGCUUUCUUUUUGUAUGUACAUAGGUUUUAUUAAGAAAUUUCAAUACCGUAAAUUAAGUUGCCAAGCGUAGGAAAUUAAAUUUGAGAAACCUUCGACGCGAGAGCAAGAGCUAUAGAAACAUGCUGACUGAUUUUUUAGUUUCAUAUAAAAUAUAAAGAUGAGCGAAAGAAAUGUUUUUGUCGCCAACCGAUCGAAGCUUUGUUAAAAUAAGACUAUAUGUAUUAACAUUUAGUGUCUUUAUAAUAUCUGUAAUAUUGCGUAUUAAUGUAACGCACUAAUAAUGCGUCUUUAUAUUCCAAUUCAAUUUUUUUUUUUUAAAUUUUAGAAUUCCCAAACACAGUGUACAUUUUUUUGAUAAUUUAACACCAAAGAUUAAAUGACAUCAUAAUUUAAUUAAAUAACAAUUAGUAGUACAUUUUUAAAGUAUGAUAUGACGAUAUACAAAAAAUAUAAACCACACAUUUCAAUAUUUUGUAUAAAAAUAACUUGCCUUAACUACAGCAAAAUGUACUUUUCUAGAUCGUCAAAAAUUAAGCUUUGAAUUAAACCAGCAUUUCUAAAAAAAAAACAUUUUAAUAUGUCAAUCAGAAGCGCGAAACCAUGGAUUGAAAAAAUUAACCCCAAGUGGUAUUAAAUCCAUCAAAUCAUAAUUAUUUUAUUUGAUUGUUUUUCUACUUAAAAAACAAAGGUCCUCAUUUUGAAUGUCGCCUGCAUGUAGAACUUUGUCAAGUAAUGGAAGUAUAAGUUUUCAAAAAGUAAAAACUGAUAAAAUAUAAUUUUCAGCACAUUAUAAAAAUUAGAAUUAUAUAAAUGAAUAUGCAUACACUCAUGUAUAAGAUAAAAUUAAGCGGUCAAAUAUAAAAUUCAAUAUGGCGAUUGCCUUACAGAAUUCAACCUGUACACGCGCGCAUACAUAAAUUUGAAAUGCUGGUACACCAACGGCGGUUUUUGGCGAUUUAGAUCAGAAACAUAUUAUUUUCUAAAACGAUACGAUAUUUUCUAAAACACAGUUACACAUUAAUAUGUAUCUUAAUUUAUUAAUUAAUGUUCAUUCCGCAUUAACUUUUUUUAUGUAUGAAAUAAAAUUAAAUAAAAUCGUGAAAAAUGUA